GGGACCGCAUAUGGUUUCUUAACUUGAGACACAGACACUAGGUAGUAGCUAGCCAACCGAUGAAUUGCAGGUUUCCCAUUAUAUAUACAUGGCCAGAUCGAGUGGAUAUCUUACCAGUAUAGAAGAACAGUCCAGAGUCCAGAUAAUCACACACCAUAUAUAGCUUAAUUGUUCAUGCAUGUUUGCAAAUAUGGCCUCCUUUAGCCGCAGUCGCGAGCCACCGGUGCUACUACUACUACUCUACCUGUUCAUCUACCUCACUCUAGGAGUCCAACUCUCCUACCGCUCCACCGUUACUCCCCAAUACAGCAACCACACUACCGCCGGCAAUGGCGUGCCGGCAAUUCCUUGCCUGCCUGACCAGGCCUCGGCGCUGCUCCGGCUGAAGCGCUCCUUCACCGUCACCAACGAGUCCAGGUGCACCCUGGCCUCGUGGCAGGCCGGCACGGACUGCUGCCACUGGAAGGGCGUCCAUUGCCGCGGCUUCGACGGUCGCGUGACUUCCUUACACCUGGGUAGGUGCCACUUGGAGAGCGCUGCUCUUGAUCCCUCCGUCUUUCGCCUCACCUCACUUCGUCAUCUCAACCUCGCCUGGAAUGACUUCAAUGGCUCCCAGCUCCCAGCCUCUGGGUUUGAGCGCCUCUCGGAGCUCACCCAUCUCAACCUCUCCAGCUCCAGCUUUGACGGCCAGAUACCGGUUGCAAUAGGACAUCUCACUAAUUUGGUAUCUCUUGACCUCUCAACAACCUUUUUUGUUCAAGAGGAAUCUGAUGAAUACAUAUCAUAUGCCACAUGGUCAGAUCAUUCUUUGUGGCUCGUUGAGCCAAACAUAGCGUCUUUGUUAGCAAAUCUUAGCAAUUUGAGAGAGCUCAAUCUCGACAUGGUAGACUUGUUUGACAAUGGUGCGGCGUGGUGUGCCGCCUUUUCAAAUUCGACUACCCCGCAGCUCCAGGUUCUCAGCCUACGGUAUUGCCUCCUUCAAGGUCAUGUUUGUCGAUCACUUUCCAGCAUACCCACACUCACCGUGAUUAACCUGCAGUAUAAUAAAUUACAUGGUCCAAUUCCAGAGUUUCUUGCAGAUUUGCCCUCCCUGAGUAUUCUUCAACUUACUCGUAAUCACCUUGAAGGACAAUUCCCGGUGAGAAUCUUUGAAAACAGAAACUUAACGGCUCUUGAUAUUAGUUACAAUUUCGAAGUCUCUGGCUCUUUGCCAAAUUUCUCAUCAGAUAGUUGUUUGGCGAAUUUAGUUGUAAGCAACACUAAUUUCUCUGGUCCUAUUCCGAGUUCCAUAGGCAACCUGAAAUCCUUGAACAAGUUGGGCCUCGCAGCAACUGGUUCUUCUGUCCAAGAAAUCCCCUCUUCAAUUGGCGAGCUCACAUCCUUAGAUUGGUUAGAGAUAUCUGGAGCUGCUGUAGUAGGAAAACUUCCAUCUUGGGUCACAAAAUUAACUUCUUUAGUUCAUCUCCAGUUCUCUAACUGUGGUUUAUUUGGAGAAAUACCUUCUUCAAUAAGUAAUCUCAAGAAACUAGAGUGGUUAGCACUUUACAAAUGCAACUUUUCUGGUCCAAUACCUCCACAGAUAUUUAAUCUAACUCAAUUAGAAACCAUAUAUCUUAACUCAAACAACUUCGCCGGUACAGUGGAACUCAGUUCAUUCUUGGAACUACCAAAUCUGUAUCAUCUGAGUCUUUCCUAUAACAGACUUUCUGUGAUAGACGGGGAACAUAACUCUAUACUCAUACCGAAUUGGUUGUCCUCUUUGCGACUAGCGUCUUGUAACAUAUCCAAGUUCCCUGAUUCCUUGAGGAAUCUCCAAACGCUUUAUUACCUUGACCUCUCAGAUAAUCAAAUCCAUGGCGCUAUACCACAUUGGGUUUGGGACAAUCGUUCGGUCCUAAACUUAUCGCACAACCAAUUCAAUAGUAUAGGGUAUGACUAUGCUCUUCCAAUUGGCAUAUCACUUUUUGAUCUCAGUUCUAACCUAUUGGAAGGGCCCAUGCCUAUACCUGGACCCUACACCAGUUCUUAUGAUUGCUCAGACAAUCAGUUCUCAUCUAUCCCAACUAAUUUUGGUUCUCAACUCAGUGGUGUUAUAUAUCUCAAGGCCUCCGGAAACAAUCUCUCCGGAGAAAUUCCACCAUCAAUUUGUGAUGCAAGGGACCUAGCGCUCCUUGAUCUCUCUUACAACAAUCUAAGUGGCCCCAUCCCAUCUUGUUUAAUGGAGGAUUUAAAUUCUCUAAGGGUAUUAAAGUUGAAAGCAAAUAAACUUCAAGGAGAACUACCGCAUCGUAUCAAGCAAGGUUGUGGAUUCUAUGGAUUAGACCUCAGUGACAACCAAAUUGAAGGACAACUACCAAGAUCUCUAGUUGCUUGUAGAAGCUUGCAGGUUUUUGACAUUGGAAAUAAUCAUAUCAAUGAUACUUUUCCGUGUUGGAUGAGUACGCUUACUGAACUUCAAGUCCUUGUCCUCAAGUCUAAUAAGUUCUUUGGGAAGGUCGGGACUUCUGUUUUAGGGACGGCAGAAGAGAAUUGUGAGUUCAUGAAACUUCGGAUUUUGUCUUUGGCUUCAAACAAUUUCUCUAGCACAUUGACAAACAAGUGGUUGAAGAGUUUGAAAUCUAUGACGGCUAAAUCUACGGAUGACACGUCGUUGAUGCCAAACCAGCAUGGUCUUUAUUUGGCGGACGGGAGAGAACAUGAGUUUACUGCUGAAAUCACAUACAAAGGAUACGUUGUCAUACUUAACAAGAUUCUGAAGACCCUUGUAGUCAUCGAUGUCUCCGAUAAUGGAUUCAAUGGUGUCAUUCCCGAGUCAGUUGCAGAGCUUGUUCUUCUUUGUGAGCUGAACAUGUCACAUAAUGCUCUCACUGGAACAAUUCCAACCCAACUCGGUGCUCUACAUCAACUCGAGUCACUGGACCUCUCUUCAAAUGACCUGUCCGGAGAGAUACCACAAGAGUUAGCUUGGCUGGACUUCCUCUCAGUGUUGAACCUGUCUUACAAUCAGUUGGUUGGGAGAAUACCAGGAUCAUGUCAUUUCCAGACAUACUCCAAUCUCUCAUUCAUGGGGAACAUUGGCCUGUGUGGAUCCCCGUUGUCCAAGGAGUGCGAAGACACCACACCAAACAUGAUGCCACAUCCUUGGAAGAGGGAACCGAUGGAUAUUAUAUUGUUUCUCUUUAUUGGACUUGGAUUUGGUGUCGGAUUUGCAGCUGCAAUUGUAAUGUGGUGGGGAAUCCGCAUUAGGAAACCAUCACAAGGUUAGCAGCACCUCUUUGUGCUGGUGGAAAAUAUCGUGUUUGUAGAUUACUUGCAAACUGGAGAAUUUGUCUCCAUUAGUAAGUAUGGCAUCGAUUUGUCUUAUCAGGAGUGCUAUCCAGUCAAACUUGUAGUAAUGUCUUUUUAAGGCAGGUGCUUGACUGCUUGUAUGUGUAAAAUUAAGUACAAAUAUUUCAUUAUUUGUAUGUUCCAUUCAGGAUACCAUUUGUAUUAUGCUUGGCUACCGAUGCAGCAUCUAUGAUGGAGUAGGACCAUAUGAGCAGGAACAGGAGGCCGUGGCGAUGAUGCUUCCUGGGAGUCAUUUUGCUACUGGCUUGCUGAUUUCUUCAUGAGGUACAAAGUCCACACGUAUAGUUGUGUAUAUGGUGUGUACAGUGUAGAUAUUUUCAUGCAUGCCGGUUUGUGUGUUAACUGUAUUGUGUAGAUUUUCUACAAAGGUGCGUGUCAGAUUCUUUUUUUCCACAUGAGAAGAUUAUUAGGUGA